CGGCCCCCGCCCCCGCCCCCGCGUGGGCAUGACUCUUCCCGGCUUCUCUCCAGGGGCCGCAGCCAACGGCCAGCACUCCUGCCUCCAGACUGCGCGACGCCACACAGCUCCCCAGGAUUCCCACCACCGCCCUCCCGGCCUGCAGUGCCAACACGUGACCUGUAGAGCAGUGCGUUGGGGAAGCUGAGGUUGGUGCACCUCUGGCAUGGCGAGUGCCGAAGAGCGGGAAGGCACCGUGCAGGUGCAGGGCCAGAGCCUCUUCUUCCGAGAGGCCUGGCCAGACGGUGGGCAGGCCCCUCGCUUCUCUGUGCUGCUGCUGCACGGCAUUCGCUUCUCCUCCGAGACCUGGCAGAACCUGGGCACGCUACGCAGGCUGGCCCAGGCUGGCUACAGGGCGGUGGCCAUUGACCUGCCAGGCCUAGGGCGCUCCAAGGACGCGGCAGCCCCUGCCCCUCUUGGGGAGCUGGUCCCUGGCAGCUUCCUAGCAGCUGUGGUGGCGGCCUUGGAGCUGGGUCCCCCUGUGGUGAUCAGUCCCUCCAUGAGUGGCAUGUACUCCCUGCCCUUCCUCACGGCCCCCGGCUCGCAGCUCCGGGGCUACGUGCCCGUGGCCCCCAUCUGCACCGACAAAAUCAGUGCCGCCAACUACGCCAGUGUGAAGGUUCCGGCCCUGAUUGUCUAUGGAGACCAGGACCCCAUGGGUCACAGCAGCUUUGAGCACCUGAAGCAGCUGCCCAACCACCGUGUGCUGGUCCUGGAGGGGGCGGGGCACCCCUGUUACCUGGACAAACCCGAGGAGUGGCAUACAGGGCUGCUGCACUUCCUGCAGGGGCUGGCAUAAACUCCGCCCUUUGGCACCUGUAGACUGCCUUCCCCCGGAUCU